AUGUUUUUAAAAAGUAAAAAAGAAACAAAUUAAGAUAACUUUAAUCCAGGAGUAGGUCUUUACGAUAUUAUUACUAAAUUAGAUAAACCAGCACCACUCAUACAUACAGAUAAACAUGGUCUUCAUAAAAAAAAUGAAUCAUAUCCAUAAAGUGAUUCAUAGCUAUGUUAUGAUAAAAAAGUUGAUUUAAAUUAUCCUUUGCAUAGUUAUGCAAGUGGAAUUUAAAGAGUUAGAUAAAAUAAAAUAUAUUAAGAACUUAAGAAAUAAGUUAAAUUUAGCAAUAAACCAAAUGAUUUUAACAAUGAAUUUGAUAGUCAAGUGCGUUCCACUAUUAAAAAGGGAAAGCUUAUUAAACUGUAGAAAUUAUAAAGAACAUCAAAAUUAUCUUUAAAUGAUUCCUAAUCACUCUAUCUAGGAUCAUAAUCACCUUUAAGUAAAAAAACUUCAAGUUAGCAAUAUCUGAAACAUCCACCUAAACUUUAAUCAUUAGAAAGUUUGGAACUCUUUUUUUUAAGAGACAAACUCUCAAAAGCUUAGGAUGUUCCAGGACCUGGCUCAUAUGAAUUGCCAAGUGUUUUCAAAUAAUCAGAAAGCAGAGUUUAACCAUUCGGAAAAUAAUAAGGAAGAACUAAAUAUAUAGAUCAAGAAGCAUCUGUUGGUGUUGGAUAAUAUAAUAUAUAAGAUUAAUCAAUUGCUAAAAGUGUCAUAAGGUUUGAUAAAUAUUCUAAAAGGGUAAGCAUUUUUGAAAGUAAGUAAAAUUCUCCAACAUAUUAUGAUAAUAAUUCAAAUCUUAUAAGUAAUCAAUCCAAACUUAAUCUCGAAUUUCCCAUCGCUUUUGGUUCUACCUCAAAAAGAUGA